CGCCUUGGCACAGUGCCACCUGUAAGUCAGUGGAACAGUAUUACAUCAUUGUCAGGAGUCUGUCAUGUCAGCUUCAUGCACAUGCACGAGACAAUCAAAAUGGCGACCCACAGCUAGUAAAACUGCUCCAUAGCCUGUUAGAGGUCAGAAACUCCACAGGGCACCUGCAAGUAUGUAGAAUGUGAAUUGGGAAUCAGACUCAACAUAGAAGUGUAGUGCUAAAUUAUGAAAAACAAAACUUGACGACCUAGUUUAGGAGUUGGAUGGUUUCCCAAAACCGAUGCUGCAGGUUUCAUGGUGACAAGGCUGUGCCAAAAGUACUGCAAAAAUUGGCAGUGGAAGCAAUUACAGCAAGUACUGGCUGAAAACAUGGGUGUGUUGCAUCAUGUUUUAAUGUGCUGUAGAUUGUUUUGAACUAAAUUGGAGAAGCAACUUGAAAAAUCUUUUUUAUCAGCUGCUUGGGGAAGGAGGGGAGACAAGUUUCAUUUAUUGAGAACAGCUAACCUAAAAUUGUUAAGGUAUGUGCCAAUUUUAAAAACUUUCUGAGAACCAUUACCAUACGACCAGUGUAAUUUAAAUGUAGAUUAAAUUGUUUAAAAAAAAGAUUGCAUUUCACAGUUUAAAGGCACAGUUCUUAAAUGUCAAGCACAGCCACAGAGCAAAUAUUAAACGUAUGGUACUAUGAAGAAUUACAGUAUUUUAAGAACGGGAAAAUACUCUAAGUGGAUCAGCUGGUGGCCAUUACAUUGAAAAUUGUUGGGUAAGACAAUUGGCAUUUUAAUAAAAAGUGUGAUUCCUUAUCAGCCCUCAGUCAGGUUAUGCAACUUUGUAGGUGGCUCAACAGCUACAUGUUGGAAGUACAGUUUGAACAUUGGUGGUCUGCAUCUGAAGGAAGUUAAUUUAAAAGGGUACUCAAAUAAUGUUGUUAUAGUCCUGUUCUAAAACUGUUGUUAACAUUAUUUCUGUCAUAAUGUUGUAAAAUGUUGAUUUCUGUUAUAUUUAAAGAACAUAAGGGCAUGUCUGUCUGUUUUACGUUCAUAUAAAGGUAGGCAUUAUGCUGCAUAGUUGUGUUCGCUGGUUGUACAGUACCAGUGAUAUAAGCUAAGGGAAUUAAUUGGGAUAUAGUUUUACUUUGUGCGGUCUUCAUGAUGUCAUGUGAUUUUAAGGAGUACAUGUGCUAAAAAAAAAAAAAAAAGAGAUAUCAAUUACUUGCUUUUACUUUACAGUGUUACAUUUUUACAAAGUUGUAUACAGUAAGAGAUCCGAUGCAACAGCAGUAAGAAAAAAAGGAAUAUAACCAUCACAACGGUUGAAAUCCACGCGUCUAACAAGGAACUUAAGAUUUCCGACAGGACUAGAAGGCGGCAGAAACGUGAGUCGCUCGCCAGCCAAUGUGGGUGGAGAUUUUUUCAAGAUGACCAAUCAGCGACGGAUACGUUUUACGAUGGCGAUUGAGUCAAACGGCCCGCCCUGACGUCGUCCAUUGAAGAAGAAGAGGGACGGUCUCAUCAUACCAUCCACAGAAGAAAUUCAAUCAUGACGGCUAAACUUUGCAAGCUUUUUGUCGGAGGACUGAAUGUUGAGACCACGGAAGAUGGCCUCCGCAAGUAUUUUGAGCAGUACGGGACGCUAAGUGACUGCGUUGUGGUCAUGAACCAGCAACUCGGACGGUCCCGCUGUUUCGGCUUUAUCACCUACUCGACACCGGAGGAGGCCGACGCAGCAAUGGCGGCUAAGCCACAUGUCGUCGAAGGCAACAACGUGGAGCUGAAAAGGGCCAUAGCUCGAGAGGACGCGAACAACCCGGACAUCCUCGCCAACGUCAAGAAAAUAUUCGUCGGCGGCGUGAAAGACCACAUUGAGCCGGAUAACCUGACCGAGUACUUCUCCCAGUUCGGCGUGGUGGAGAAGGCCGAGAUCAUCUCUGACAAGCAGACCGGCAGGAAGAGAGGCUUCGGCUUUGUCUUUUUUGAGGACACCGAUUCUGCAACCAAAGCAGUGCUGACCAAAUACCACACCAUCAAUGGAAACAAGGUGGAAGUGAAGAAAGCUCUGACCAAGCAGGAGAUGUCCACCGGCGGCCGAGGAGGAAGGGGUCGAGGGAGAGGGAUGCAAAACUAUGGCGGCGGAAGAGGGGGUGGCGGCUACGGAGGAGGCUACGGCGGCAAUUACGGAGGCGGCUACGGCUAUGGCGGGGGUUACAACGGUGGUGGAGGCUACGGGGGUUAUGGGGGCUACGAAGAAUACGACAACCAGAUGGGGGGUGGGUACAGUAAUGGUGACUUUGGGGACGGCUAUGGACAGCAGCACUCAAAUUAUGGUGCAGUGAAGGGGGGCAGCUAUUCCUACAGGAGCGGGGCUCCUUACAACAGAGGCGGCGGCGGCGGUGGUGGCUACGGCAGGGGGGGUGGAUUUGGCGGUGGCUAUUAGUGGCUUCCUCCAGUUUUGAGAUGUUCAUGGGGAAAAUUCUGAUUACAACGAACUUGAAUUUACACACACGCGCACACACACAUCAUAUAAGCCCAGGUGGGGGUGAGGGGUCUUUGUUUUGUUCAUUCAAAUGAAGCAGUGCCCAUCACCCACACGGAAUGAAUGAGACUGUCCUCUGGAUCCUGGCUCUCCCCCACCCGGACCCCAUCUGUCCUCUUAUUCCACACAUUAUGGACUUUACUACUAAGAAUUGUGAAUUAUUGAAUCGUACUUUUGUUAUGUUUGGGGGGAAAGACUUGUUUUGAACCAUUUGUAAAGCCGUAAUCAAUGUCAGUCACUGCUCACUCAGAAAUGAGUUUGUUUGUCUUGCAAACCAGCCAGAUGUGUCUGUUAUUUUUGCAUCAUGAACUCAGGGUUUUAAGUGAAGUUGGUGGCAGUGUCGGGCAGCAUGGGACUCGAUUGCUUGAGUUUCUUGAUCUUAAACACUUCCGUGACAAAGUAUUUUUUUGGAGAAAUGUCACGGACUGUUUUGUUAACUGUAAAUUACUUUUUUUCCACUUCUCCCGUCCCAUUACAGGCGUUUGUUUAGAUUAAAACUGUUUGAAAUCCAUGUGUUCAGUUCGCCCCUAUGUUGUAUUCUGCUUUUAUUAAAGUUUUUAAUGUUUUGAAAAUCUA